AUCACACUUGCCAAACCAACCCAGAUAGAUAUUUUUCAGAUCUUCUUCCGUCAAGAUUUAUCGUUUCCGAUGAGACAUUGAUUUACAGAGAUAUUUUUGUUGCAAUGAUAUCUCUGUAUCAAAUGUUGGCCGAGAAGAAGAAGAAGAAGAAAGAUGUUAACAUCUUUGCAAUUUCUGUUUUUGCUAUCAUUUGCUUCAAAUUUUACAGUAUUAAUGCUAUCAAAUUACCGCAGCAAGAAGUCGAUGCUCUGCAGCAAAUCGCAACCACAUUGGGAUCGAAAUUCUGGAAAUUUGAUGCUGAAAAUUGUAAGAUUGAAAUGGUGGGGUUAACUGAAACUCCUCCUCCAACAGCUAAGCAAGAAAUAGAAUGUGAAUGCAGCCCCACUAACGACACUGAUUGUCAUAUUGUGAGAAUUGCAUUCAAGGAGCAUAAUCUUCCAGGAACUCUUCCUCAAAUAGUCAAGCUUCCCUACCUUCGGGAGAUAGACUUGGCCUACAACUACAUCAAUGGGACCUUACCUCCUGAAUGGGCUUCUUCAAAUUUAACUUUUAUCUCUCUUCUUGUGAAUCGGUUGUCAGGGGAAAUUCCAAAAGAGUUCGGAAACUCUUCUACACUAACAUACUUGGAUCUCGAGUCAAAUGAGUUUUCUGGAACUAUUCCUCAGGAGCUUGGGAACUUAGUCCACUUGAAAAAACUGUUGCUUUCCUCUAACAAAUUGACGGGAUCUUUGCCAGCUUCACUAGCUAGACUACAGAAUAUGACAGAUUUCAGGAUUAACGAUCUUCAACUCAGUGGAAUGAUACCUAGUUACAUACAAAAUUGGAAGCAACUCGAGAGACUUGAAAUGAUUGCAUCUGGUCUCACUGGUCCAAUCCCAUCGGUCAUCUCAGUUCUGAGCAAUCUUGUUAAUCUGAGGAUCAGUGAUAUUCGUGGACCAGUCCAACCAUUCCCUUCGUUGAAGAACGUGACAGGUUUAGUUAAACUUAUAUUGAAGAACUGUAACAUUUCUGGACAAAUUCCUACUUAUAUUUCAAAUUUGAAGGAGUUGGAGACACUGGAUUUGAGUUUUAACAAGUUGGUUGGGGGAAUUCCGUCGUUUGCACAAGCAGAAAAGUUACGGUUUAUAAUUUUGGCUGGUAAUAUGCUCGAGGGAGAUGCUCCAGAUGAAUUACUAAGAGAUGGAAUCACACUAGAUCUUUCAUAUAACAAUCUGAAGUGGCAGAGUCCUGAAAGUCGUGCUUGUCGCCCAAAUAUGAAUCUGAAUCUAAACUUGUUUCAGAGCACUUCGACAAAAAAAUCGAGCAAAUUUCUGCCGUGUAUCAAAGAUUUCAAAUGUCCUCGAUAUUCUAGCUGCUUGCAUGUGAACUGCGGUGGAAGCGAUAUAUGGGACUUCAUGGACGACAACAAUUUCCAAAACACUAGAUUUACCAUGUUUGUCCCGGCAUCUAACCUAUCUGAUCUCUACAAAUCGGCACGAAUAGCUCCAGUAUCUCUAACUUACUUCCAUGCCUGCUUGGAAAAUGGAAACUACACUAUAAAUCUGGACUUUGCUGAGAUGCGGUUCACCAAUGAUGAAAACUAUAGCCGGCUUGGAAGGCGUCUGUUUGACAUUUACAUUCAGGAGAAAUUAGUGGCAAAGGACUUCAACAUCAUGGAUGAAGCAAAGGGAGCUCAAACACCUAUAAUCAAACCAUUUACUGCUUAUGUGACAAACCACUUUUUAACCAUCCGGUUGAGUUGGGCCGGUAAAGGAACUACCAGGAUUCCCACUAGAGGGGUUUAUGGUCCUCUCAUAUCGGCUAUUUCCAUAGUUUCAGAUUCUAAGCCGUGCGAACGUCCGAAAACUGGAAUGAGCCCUGGAGCAUAUAUUGCAGUUGGAGUUGGAGCACCAUGCCUUAUUAUCUUUAUAGUGGGAGUUCUGUGGAUGUGUGGCUGCCUCCCAAGAUGUGGUCAACGACGAAAAGAUCCCUAUGAAGAAGAGUUGCCUUCUGGAACUUUUACAUUAAGGCAAAUCAAAUUUGCUACGGAUGACUUCAAUCCAACUAACAAGAUUGGAGAAGGUGGUUUCGGUCCUGUGUUUAAGGGUGUGUUAGCAGAUGGGAGAGUUGUAGCACUAUUACUGGUGUACGAAUACAUGGAAAAUAACAGUUUAUCUAGCGCAUUAUUCAGUCCAAAGCAUAAACAGAUUCCAAUGGACUGGUCUACUAGGCUUGACGAAGAGGAGAAAACACACAUCAGCACCAAAGUCGCCGGGACUAUAGGAUAUAUGGCGCCAGAAUACGCACUGUGGGGUUACUUAACUUUCAAAGCAGAUGUCUACAGCUUCGGUGUUUUGGUUCUAGAGAUCGUCGCUGGCAUAACCAACAGUAAUUUCAUGGGGGCAGGAGAUUCCGUUUGCCUCUUGGAAUUUGCUAACGAGUGCGUAGAAUCGGGGCAUUUGAUGCAAGUAGUGGAUGAGAGAUUGAGGCCUGAAGUGAACAGAAAAGAGGCAGAAGCAGUUAUAAAAGUGGCUCUUGUGUGUUCGAGCGCUUCCCCAACAGAUCGUCCUAUAAUGUCAGAGGUCGUUGCUAUGCUCGAAGGUCUAUAUCCAGUGCCAGAAUCAACCCCAGGAGCAAGCAGGAACUCAGGGGAUAUAAGGUUUAAGGCGUUUAAAGAUUUAAGGAGAGGCAUGGAGAACAAUAUAUCUGCUUCUCCUUCUCUGCACCCAGAUGAAGUGGAAGCGCUUAAGGAUAUUGCAUUGACACUUGGUGUGAAACACUUGAACCUAAGUGAAGAUCCAUGUUUCACAAAGACUCUGGUUAUAACUCAAGAUGUUCUCAAGGAAGGACAAAACAGCACAAUCAAAUGUGACUGUCGUUUCAACAACAACAACACUUGUCAUAUCACACACUUUGUCCUUAAGACAUUCAGUCUUCCGGGUAGACUUCCACCGGAAUUUUCCAAGCUUCGCUAUCUUGAAUUUAUUGACUUGUGCCGUAAUUAUCUUUAUGGCUCAAUUCCUAUGGAAUGGGCCUCACUGCCUUACCUAAAAUCUAUCUCUGUUUGCGCGAAUCGCUUAUCAGGAGACAUUCCAAAGGGAUUAGGGAAGUUUAUUAACCUCACUCAAUUAGUUCUUGAAGCCAAUCAAUUCUCUGGAACAAUCCCAAAAGAACUAGGGAACUUGGUUAAUCUAGAAGGAUUAGCACUCUCUUCUAACCAACUAGUUGGAGGUGUACCCAAGACAUUAGCAAGACUAAAAAAUCUGACUAAUCUCCGAUUCAGCGAUAAUCGCCUUAACGGAUCCAUCCCUGAGUUUAUCGGGAACUUAUCAAAACUUCAAAGAUUAGAACUUUACGCGAGUGGCUUAACAGAACCUAUUCCAGACUCCAUAUUUCGUCUAGAGAAUCUGAUUGACCUGAGGAUCAGUGACACAACUGCAGGAUUGGGACAAGUUCCUCUUAUAACUAGCAAGAGCCUGAAAUUUUUGGUUCUAAGAAACAUGAACUUCACAGGACCAAUCCCAACCAGUCUUUGGGAUCUUCCUAAUCUCAUGACUCUUGAUCUUUCUUUUAAUAGACUGACAGGAGAAAUACCGGCAGAUGCAUCCGCGCCAAAAUAUACAUAUUUGGCUGGAAAUAUGUUGUCAGGAAAAGUUGAGUCAGGACCUUUCCUUACUGCAAGCACCAAUAUAACCAGACUUCUUCCGUGUUCCGCCAUAGACCACUGUCAAAAUUAUAGUAGGUCGUUGCAUAUAAACUGCGGGGGACCUGAUGUAACCAUCGAAAACUCUAGAGGAAGGUUUCUAUAUGAGGGUGAUAACUAUGGACUUAUCGGUUCAGCUACGAACUAUUAUGGGAAAAGUUGGGGAUUCAGCAAUACUGGUGACUUUAUGGAUGAUGCAAUAACAGAAGAUACAUACACAGUUUCAUCAGAAUCUGCAGUCUCCGCAAAAUAUCCGGACCUUUACCAGACUGCUCGGCGUUCUCCCCUGAGUUUGGCUUACUUUGCUUUCUGUUUUGAAAAUGGAAGCUACAAUGUGAAACUCCAUUUUGCAGAGAUUCAGUUCUCAGAUGAGGAACCAUUUGCUAGACUAGCAAAACGGUUUUUUGACAUUUACGUUCAGGGUAAGUUGAUUUGGGAGGAGUUCAGCAUCAGGGAUGAGGCUAAUGGAACUCACAAGGAAGUUAUUAAAGAAGUGAACACAACCGUGACUGACAACACUUUAGAGAUACGGUUGUACUGGGCGGGGAAAGGCACGACGAUCAUUCCUAAAAGAGGGAACUAUGGCUCUCUUAUCUCUGCAAUAUCAGUCUGUCCCAGUUCAGAGCCUGAAUGUGGCGGUAAGAGGAAGAACUGUCAAGACCUUGAAUCCUCUUUUUGUCUACCUUUUAUAUCCGAAUCUGAAUCAAUCUUUUUCUUUAUCUGCUUCUGUCAAUCUUCAGUUCCGGUGCCAAUUCAUCAAGCAUUUGUACUACAAAAGAAAGGGGCUUUUGCGGAGAUUCUGGAUCCGAAGCUUGAAGGAGUGUUCGAUGCGAUGGAAGCAGAGAGAAUGAUAAAGGUUUCACUUUUAUGCUCCAGUAAGUCUCCAACAUUAAGACCAACCAUGUCAGAAGUUGUGAAAAUGCUUGAAGGAGAGACAGAGAUAGAACAGAGCAUAUCAGACCCUGGAGUGUACGGCGAUGUUAAAAGAUCGUCGGAGAUGGGAACAUCGUCUUUACCUUCCGAUUAUCUCGUGUCGAUUACUUCGUCCUGUGAAUCUGCUUACGAUUUGUACCCUCUUAGUCCCGAGGAAAAAAUGACGCUUUUGAGUCAGUGGCCAAAAAAUCGUUCAAUUGGGUUAAAUUGGGCUAUGAAAUUAGAGUUCUUUGGUUCCCGCCGUGGGUGUGCUCGACAUGAUCACCCUCUCUGCCGGCGAGAAUAUCAUGAUGAUACUUCUCGGUGGCUCCGACCUGAGCUCGACAAUGGCACCUACAUUGCAGCACUUCUUCUUCCCCAACGUGAUGACAUUGAGAUUGUGGUGCUGAUGAUGAUUCGGGAAGAACCAUUCCCACACGUUUUUAAUGAAGUUAUAACCAUGAAGUCUCUAUACCAAAAGCCAUAUAAUAGGGGACAGAUUGAUUUCUUGUCCUGUAAACGUUCACCAUUGGAAUCUGCUUCUCCUUCUCUGCACCCAGAUGAAGUGGAAGCGCUGAAGGAUAUCGCAGAAACAUUGGGUGUGAAGCACUUGAACCUAAGUGAAGAUCCAUGUCUCACAAAAACUCUGGUGAUAUCUCAACGUGUUCUGAAGGAAGGACAGAACAGCACAAUCAGAUGUGACUGUCAUUUCGAUAACUACAGCACUUGUCAUAUCACACACUUUGUCCUCCAGAAAUUCAAUCUUCCAGGUAGACUUCCUCCAAUGCUGUACAAGUUUCGGCAUCUUGAAUCGAUUGACUUAUACCAUAAUUACCUUUCUGGCUCAAUUCCUAUGGAAUGGACCUCACUGCCUUACCUCAAAUCUAUCUCUGUCUGCGCAAACCGCUUAUCAGGAGACAUUCCCAAAGGAUUGGGGAAUUUUAUUAACCUCACCCUUUUAGUUCUUGAAGCCAAUCAAUUUUCUGGAACUAUUCCUAAGGAACUAGGGAACCUAGUGAAUCUUCAGGGACUAGGACUCUCUUCCAACCAACUUGUCGGAGACCUCCCCAAGACAUUAGCAAGACUAACAAAUCUAACUAAUCUCCAUUUAAGUGAUAAUUGCCUGAACGGAUCGAUUCCAGAGUUUAUUGGGAAGUUAUCAAAACUUCAACGAUUAGAACUCUAUGCGAGUGGCCUUAGAGGACCUAUUCCAGACUCCAUUUUUCAUCUGGAGAAUUUGAUCGACCUGAGAAUCAGUGACAUGGUUGGAGGAUUGGGACAUGUUCCUGAGAUAACUGGCAAGAGCCUGAAAUAUUUGGUUCUGAGAAACAUAAACUUAUCUGGACCAAUUCCAACCAGUAUCUGGGAUCUGCCCAGUUUAAUGACGCUGGAUCUUUCCUUUAAUAGGCUGACUGGAGAAAUACCAGCAUAUGCAACCGCCCCGAAAUACACAUAUUUAGCUGGAAACAUGUUGUCUGGAAAGGUUGAAACAGGAGCUUUCCUUACUGCAAGCACAAAUAUAACCAAACUUCUUCCAUGUUCCGCCAUAAAGCAAUGCCAAAAUUAUAGUAGAUCGCUGCAUAUAAACUGUGGGGGACCUAAUGUAACUAUCGAAAACUCUCGUGGAAAGUUUCUGUACCAGGGUGAUAAAUAUGGACCCGCAGGUUCAGCUAUGAACUAUCAUAGCGCAAACUGGGGAUUUAGCAACACUGGUGACUUUAUGGAUGAUGCAAUAACCGAAGAUAUAUACUCAGUUUCAUCAGAAUCUGUAGUAUCAGCAAAAUAUCCUGAGCUUUAUCAGACAGCUCGGCGUUCUCCCCUUAGUUUGGCUUACUUUGCAUUUUGCUUCGAAAAUGGAAGCUACAACGUGAAACUCCAUUUUGCAGAGAUUCAGUUCUCAGAUGAGGAACCAUACUCCAAACUAGCGAGACGGGUUUUUAACAUUUACAUUCAGGGGAAGUUGAUUUGGGAGGAUUUUAGCAUCAGAGAGGAGGCUAAUGGAACUCACAAAGAAGUUAUAAGAGAAGUGAACACGACUGUGACUGAUAACACAUUAGAGAUACGGCUUUACUGGGCAGGGAAAGGCACGAUGGUCAUUCCUCAAAGAGGGUACUAUGGCUCUCUUAUCUCUGCAGUCUCAGUUUGUCCCAGUUCAGAAUCUGAAUGCGGUGUUCCAGUGCAGAUUCUUCCAGUAAAAGAAGAUCAUAAACCAACAAAAUAUCAUCUUAUUCUUGGCUUAGCACUCUCUCUUGCUUUCUUGCUCCUGGGCGCAUUCUGUUGGAGAAAGUGUGUUAGCAAUGCAAAUGCAGCAGAACGAGGUAAUAAUCACUUGAAUCCGGCAUUUGUGUUGCAAAAGAAAGGGGAUUUCGCGGAGAUUCUAGAUCCGAGGCUGGAAGGAGUGUUUAAUGUGAUGGAGGCAGAGAGAAUGAUAAAGGUUUCACUUUUAUGCGCCAACAAGUCAUCGACAUUAAGGCCAAGCAUGUCAGAAGUUGUGAAGAUGCUUGAAGGGGAGACUGAGAUAGAACAGAUCAUAUUAGACCCUGGAGUGUAUGGUGAUGACUUGCGCUUCAAGCCAUCAUUUUUGUCCUCUGAUAAUCAUGUCUUGUCGAUUACGUCAUCCUCUGAAUCUGGUUACGAUCUGUACCCUCUUAAUCCCGAGUCCAUUGUGUUUUCUAGACCAGUUUCUGUGGUCAUUGGCCUUAAACAGAGGAAAUCUGAAGUGGACUUCGGUGUUGUGGCAAUGGAAAUUGUUAGCGGGAAGAGCAAUACCAAACAGAAGGGAAGUGCUGAGCACGUCUCGCUUAUCAAUUGGGCUCUGACGCUGCAACAGAAAGGAGACAUAAUGGAGAUCAUAGAUCCAAUCCUUGAAGAGGCCGUGCAAAUGCUUGAGGGAGAGAUCGAAAUAACUCAAGUUAUGUCAGAUCCUGGUUUAUAUGGACCCAACUGGAGCAUCUCGAAGCUGAGGGAUAUUGGUAGUUCAAGCACCACGUCCGGUGUUACCGAUCAAACGACAACCACAACCAAAUCAUCUGUCCCUGUAAAUACGCUAGAGAAGAUGGCUACUACACUUGGAAUCAAGGGAUUAAACCUACGUAAUGGAGACCCUUGCACUUUAGCAACCCUAACUAUGGAGAAAGGACUCUCUAUUGUUUCGAAUUCGGAGAUAAACAACACCAUUGUUUGUGAUUGUAGCUUUUACAACAACACGAUAUGUCAUAUAACAAGCAUCGAGAACAGAGAGCUCAAGACCCUUAGCCUUCCAGGAAAACUUCCACCUGAGUUGGCCGACCUUCGAUAUCUCCAAAGGAUAGACUUAUGUCGAAACUACCUUUCAGGCACAAUCCCCAUGGAGUGGGCUUCAAUGCAACACCUCACUUUCAUCUCGCUCUGCGCGAAUCGUUUGUCUGGAAAUCUACCUCCUGGAUUGCAAAACUUCAAGAACUUGACAUUCCUAGGACUUGAAGCCAACCAGUUCUCUGGUCCCAUUCCUGAUGAGCUUGGUAACUUGAUCAACCUAACAGGAUUACAUCUUGCGUCCAAUCAGUUUACAGGAAGCUUGCCUAUCUCUCUCGCUAGACUGGUUAAACUUGAGGAUUUUAGGUUAAGUGACAAUAACUUCAGUGGCAUCAUCCCAGGAUUUAUUGGCAACUGGUCUGGGCUUAGAAAGCUACAUCUAUCCGCAAGUGGACUGAAAGGACCUAUUCCUAAUGAAGUUGCCCGCCUAGAAAAUCUUUCGAAACUGAUUAUUACUGAUACGACUGGGAUAGAAUCCUUUCCAAAUAUAUCCAGCAAAGCCAUCAACACCUUAAUUUUGAGGAAUGUGAGUAUGUAUGGUUUGAUCCCUUCUUACGUCUGGAGUAUGCCAGAGCUAAAGAUUCUUGAUGUAUCGUUUAACAAGCUGACAGGUGAAGUUCUUGGAGUACAAAAACAACCAAGAUUUACCUAUUUGACGGGAAAUAGGCUUUCUGGACACGUUUCUGGUGUUCUUCUAAAUAGCCAAUCUAAUAUUGAUAUCUCUUACAACAAUUUCUCAUGGUCGUCUAGCUGCCAAGAAAAGAGUAACAUUAACACAUACCGGAGCUCAUAUUUGAAGAACAAUUUAAGUGGGCUUCUUCCAUGCGCUGGUCCAAUAAACUGCACAAGUUAUCAGCGAUUUCUACAUAUAAAUUGUGGUGGAGACAACAUAGUUAUCAUAAACUCUUCUUAUAAAAUCACUUAUCAAGCGGAUAACUACAAAUUCAAUGCUGCAACAAAUCAGCGCUUCGAAAACUGGGGAAUUAGUAACACUGGUGGAUUCAAGGAUGAGCGUAGUGAGGAGGAGCAGUUCAUCCUUUCCACUAGUUUAGCACUAUAUGGAGAUUCUUCUGAUAUUUAUAAGUCUGCACGUCGAUCUGCUCUCUCUCUCGUUUAUUAUGCGUUUUGCUUGCAAAAUGGAGCUUACAAUGUGAAACUACAUUUUAUGGAGAUUCAGUUUUCAGACGAAGAACUAUAUAGCCGUCUCGGCAGACGCAUAUUUGAUGUCUAUGUUCAGGGAGAAUUGUUCUUGAGAGAUUUUAACAUCAAAGAGGAGGCUAAUGGGACUCUAAAGCCUCUUGUGAAAGAAAUAAAAGCUGUGAAUGUGAGUGAUCAUACGUUAGAAAUCCGUUUGUAUUGGGCGGGGAAAGGGACAACCCUCAUUCCCAGAAGAGGAAAUUAUGGUCCUCUUAUCUCUGCGAUCUCCUUGUGUCACCACAAAAAGAUGCAGAGGAGACAAGAACACGAGAGAAAGAGUGGAUAUAUGGCUCCAGAAUAUGCAUUAUGGGGUCAACUGACAGAGAAAGCAGACGUGUACAGCUUCGGAGUUGUGGCAAUGGAAAUUGUUAGUGGAAAGAGUAAUUUGAAGCAGCAGGGAAAUGCUGAAAACGUCUCGCUUAUCAAUCGGGCGCUGACGCUGCAACAGACAGGGGACAUAAUGGAGAUUGUAGAUCCAAUGCUCGAAGGUGAGUUCAAUAGAAACGAAGCAGUAAGGAUGAUCAAAGUUGCUCUUGUUUGCAUAAACUCAUCUCCUUCCUUAAGGCCAACGAUGUCAGAGGCUGUGCAAAUGCUAGAGGGAGAGAUUGAAAUAACACAGGUUAUGUCAGAUCCUGGUUUAUAUGGACCCAACUGGAGCAUCUCAAAGCUGAGGGACACUGAUACACAUGGUAGCUCGAGCACGUCUGGUGUGACUGAUCAAACAGCAACGACAAUGAAAUCCUCUGUUUCUGGUUGUGAUCUCUACCCAUUAUACCCUGAAUCCAUGAUCUUAAACUCCACAGAAGAGUUUUCUUCCUCGUCACUGUAAUAUCAAAAGCUAUGCACAUUGCUAUGUUUAUCAUCACUAUAUCAGAGACUUGAGGGUUUAUCCUAUACUACGUAGUUAUAGCAUUAAAGUUGUCUGACACUU